GAAAGAGAGAGAGAGACACACACACACACACACAAGGAGUCAUAGGGCAGUUCAUGCAGGUAAAGCAAUCAGAUGUCUUCUCUUCCUCUUGGAUUUGUUUGUUUUUCUAUAUUCCUUUUUCCUGCCUGUAGUGGUUCAGGAUGAGUCCAGGUUCUAACCCUUCUUCACCGUCCGCUUUAAGUCUGAUGUGACUGGAUACAGUUCUCAGCAACCUUCAUUAAGAUGACCCGUGUCCACUCAUCUCCCUGGGUUCUCUCUCUUCGCCUGUCCCUCCUUCUGGCAAUCUGGGACAGAGCAAAAUGUGGGUCCGGGGAUGGGAAAAGCCUCUGGCAGCGGCCGCUGACCAACAACGACUUUCUGACAGGAACGUUCCCUGACGGUUUCCUCUGGGGUGUUGGAACAUCGGCGUUCCAGACGGAAGGCUCCUGGGAUCGGGAUGGGAAAGGCGCGUCUAUAUGGGAUCACUUCACCCACAAACUCUAUAGAAUGGGGAACAGCAUUGGCAUGGCAACAGCGGACACUGCCAGCGACAGUUAUGCUCUCUGGGAGCAAGAUGUGGAGUCAGUUCGAUACCUCGGGGCAAAGUUUUAUGCUUUUUCACUCUCCUGGCCGCGACUGUUCUCAGACGGCAAUUCCACGGGACCACCCAACCCUGUCGCAGUGGAGCACUACCAGCAGCUGAUCAGGAUGUUGAAGGCACUAGGUUUAGAGCCUGUAGUGACCCUGUUCCACUGGGAUUUGCCCCAAAGCCUGCAAGAGCACCUGGGUGGCUGGAAGAACCCAGAGAUGGUGCGAGUCUUCAGCGACUACGCCACAUUCUGUUUUGCUACGUUCGGCCGAGACGUCCGAUAUUGGAUCACGAUGCAUAACCCACUCCUGCUAGCACUUCUGGGGUAUGGGACAGGGGCUCAUGCUCCAGGGGUGACCGGUGACCCUGCUGACCCCUUCAUCGUGGCACACAACCUCAUCAGGGCUCAUGCUGAAUCCUGGCACAUAUACGACAAGCAGUUCCGUCCCCACCAGCAUGGCCAAGUCUCCAUCACGCUCGGCUCCCACUGGGUGGAACCUUUUAAAGGACAAGCAACGGCAGUCAACGUGGAGUUGUGCCAGAAGUCCAUGGAGGCUGUGAUUGGCUGGUUUGCGGAACCCAUACAUGGAAGUGGGGACUACCCAAGCUCCUUGCAGGUCUCGCACCAGGGGCUCAUCCCAGAGUUCACCCCAGAGGAGAAACUCUGGGUGCGUGGAACUGCUGAUUUCUUCUCCCUGGCAUUUGGGCCUGAUACACCACGAGCUGUUCACAGCAUAUCUAGCUUUGGCCAGUCAGGAAUGCUGAAUCUGAGGAAAGUUCUGGUCUGGGUUCAGCAGGAGUACAGGGAUCCACACGUGCUGGUAGCAGAGAGCAGCUGGUUCUCUGAUGCCUCUGUAGGAGUGGAGGACACGGUAGCAAUUUUCUAUAUGAAAAGGUUUAUUAACCAAGUGCUUCAAGCUGUGGUUGUGGACCACGUGAAGGUGUUCGGCUACACUGCCUGGUCUCUGGUGGAUGGCUUUGAGUGGAAUAAUGGGUACAGCAUAAGAAGAGGACUCUUCUACAUAGAUUUCAAUCAACCUCAGCGCACCAGAGUCCCAAAGACAACAGCUCAAUUCUACAGGAAGGUUGUGAAAGACAAUGGAUUUCCUACCAACGAGACAGGAAAGGAUAUCACGGGUCAGUUUCCUUGUGACUUCCAUUUUGGAGUGGCAGACUUUACCCUGCAGGUACAUCUACAGCCAUUUUCUCCUCAGUUCACUGAUCCUCUCCUGUACCGCUGGAAUUACACCGGUGAUGGUACCCUGCGUCCUGUUAUCGGAGUAAGGCUUCGCACACGUGGCUCACAGUGCAGUGACUUCCUGGCUAUUCAACGUCACAUCCAACUAGUAGAGAUGACAGGGACAUCACACUACCGCUUCGGUCUGGACUGGCCCCAGCUCUUCCCAAAUGGUGACAUCUCGUCAGCAGACAGGGAGGCAGUACGAUAUUACCGCUGCUUGCUGACUGAACUCCAAAGGAAGGGCAUCCAGGCAGUCGUCACACUCUACCAGCCCAGUCUCAGGUCACCGACAAUGGGCAUGCCCAGCCCACAGCAUGACAGUGGUGGCUGGAUGAACACAAGCAUGGUGGAGGCUUUUGCCAACUAUGCCACUUUUUGUUAUCAGGAGUUUGGUUCACUGGUGCAAGUUUGGAUAACCAUUAAUGAGCCAAACCGGCUAAUAGAAACAUACAACAGAAAUGCACAAGACAGGGAAAGGGUGGUCCGUAAUCUGCUGCUGGCACAUGCUCGUGCUUGGAAUAUCUACCACACGCACUUUCGCCAACUGCAGGGCGCGAAGGUUAGCUUUACAAUCCAUGCUGAUUGGGUGGAACCAGCGAAUCCCUUUGUGAAAUCACACAGAAAUGCUGUUCAAAGCUUCAUGUUACUUGAGCUUGGCCGAUUCCUAGAUCCUUUCUUGAAGGACAUGGAUCACCCCAACAAAAAAACUGUCCUGACUGUUUUCACUCAAACUCCUUCCCUGCCAUACUUCUCUGAGGAUGAGAGGGCUGAGCUCAAGGGGGCUCUAGAUUUCAUUGCUCUUAAUCACUUCACAACACGGCUUGUAUUAUCCAAGGCUCCCUUGACCGAGACCUAUAACCAUGGCUAUUCCCUCAUGUAUGACCCCACAUGGACCUCCUCGAAAAAGGGCCAGGCUCUUGCCCCCUGGGGGCUCAGAAGGGUCCUAGGUUGGGUAAAGGAUCGCUAUAGAGACAGUCGCUCCAUUGUCAUUACAGCGACAGGGAUUGAUGACCAGGCAUCCCAUGAUGACCAGUUGAGGCAAACCUAUAUAAGGAGCUACUUGCAGGAAGUGCUGAAAGCACGGGAGAUGGAUGGCAUCGAUGUGGGUGGGUUUUAUGUCUGGAAGCUCCAGGAUCAUCAUGGUUCUGACUUUGGCUUCUUCACUUCCUCCCACCACCGUUCCCAGCCCAAAGCAUCCGUUACAGUCUACCGGGAGCUCAUCUCUCAGCGUGGUUUUCCUGUCACCACCGGCGAUCCUGUGACCUCACCCCUGGUGAUGCCGUGUGAGCUAAAUGAAAGGAGAAUGGCCUGCUGGCUCUGUAACGGACUGGCUGAGAACAGGCCCCUGCUAUUCUUUGGCAUAUGUGUAACAAUUAGCAUGCUUAUGCUCGCUGGUGUCAUCAUCACUUCUGUGGUGGUGAAGAGCAGGAAGCACAAGAGGAGAGGGGUGAUCCAGGCCAUGCCACAGCGGCUGCACCGGCAGCAGAGGUUUGCCAUGCAGAGGGUAGCACACAGAAUCUGAAGGCCAAAAUUGUUGAAGGAAUAAUUGGGCAUAAAAAUCUAUUUAACACAAUUUCCCUCUUUCCCUCGAAUGUUGUCAGUCGACUGAAACAUGUUUGCUUACUGUUUUUGCUGUAAAACUCCAUCAGGCUUUGUUUCUUACUGUAUGAUAGAGCAAUACGUGCUUUAUUGACAAAUUUAAGGCAAUUAAAGUAAUUUUUAAUGCCAUUUUGUAAAAUCUGUAAUGCUGCUUAGAGCUUAUCAUUUCAUGAACCUCUAUUCUGUGUAUUAUUACUUCAAUUAUGAAGCAGAAAUCUUUAUAAGUACCUCGAGGACCACUCCUACAAUAAUGCUAAUUUAAUUUAGAGGGUAUUUCUGUGAGUAGUGUUCACUUCUUAGUUUAACACUAAGCCGGCUCCCCUUAAAUAUGGACAUUUGAAGCAUUUCACAUUCAAAUGAAACAUUCUUCACUUUGUAAGUUUACAGUGAAUCCUUUGGUAAAAGCUAAAGCUAACUAAAUAUUAUUGGAGGAGGUUGUUAGCUUGUUAGCUAGGAGCUAUUGAGGCCUAGUUAAAUCAAACCUUUUACAUCACAUAAAUGCAAUUUGCAACAGCUAACAUUUUAUUUUACUUUGUACCCAUACAAUAUGUAAAAACCUACAUACAGUACAAACGAGAAAACCUGCUAGUGUGGGUUUGUUUGCUUUUUUUUUAGUUAUACUUUGAAGCUAAGAGGCAUAAGUUAACGGAUAUCCAAAACUGACAAAAUAUUGCAGUUGUAGUCAGAAUGUGAGACCAUACUUUAAAAAAUCCACCCCAGAGCACUUGUACUUUUACCAUCUUUAAGAUACUUCAUAAGAAGGGGGUUUUGCUAGUCUUUGAAUCAGGAAAUCCCAUUCUCUAGACUAUGGUGGUACCACUGUUGGAGGCAAGUAAGCAUGUUUACAAUAGGUUUAAUUUUCCAUUUUAGCCGGAGUGUCUCUAUAACAACUCGGUUAACAAAUUGGUUUGAGAAAAGUUUAAUGUUCUAGGUAUUCAGCUUGCAUGAUGCAAGCCUCCAUUACUUGUUAGCUACAUUAGCCGUGCAGCAUCAGAGCAAAGCAAACUUUAGAUGGCAAACAUGUCUUGGCUGAUCUACAAUUUGGAAUAAAUGGAAAACUGUGUACAUUUGAUUUUAUCACUAUAAGUAGUGAAACACUGGUGCAGUUAUUGGCCUUAUUGUUUUCCAUGAGGUCAGUUACUAUAUUUUUUCUCUUCAUUAAUUCUGUUCUGAAAAUGACCAUAAGUGAGCAAAGCCAAGUACAGCCACGUACAACAUCAGUUUAUGGGUUGACUUGCUCAGGGCACAAUGAAGUCCUUAAGUGUUUAAGUGGUGUUGUUGGACAGUACAACCACAGUUUACUGAAGGAUCAGGUAGGGAUUUGAUCCAGUGACCUCACAGCAGCUUGUAACUAGGGCUAAGAGUUCCAUCCAUCCAUCCAUUUGACUGAGAGUUGACUGCAAAAAUUUGAUUCUCUCAUUUCAGGCAUUUGAGAAUCAAGAGUUGACUCUAAAGCUUUGAAAUGCAUACGGUGAGCAAAAUGCCACUAGGUCAUUUACUAAAUACACCUGAGUGACUAAACAUUCUCUGGAAACCUAAAAUCUCAAACUGUAUCAUAUCACAAACAUGCCAGCUGUAAUCCAGCAGUCAUUGUUUUCCUGGUAAUGUAGCAAAUCCUGUUAAUACUCUUGGUAAUUUCACAGGAAUUGUGGUAGAUCCAUCAACUCUGACUUGUGUUCACACUUAAGCCUUUCCCAUGUAAAGUUGCACUAUGCGUGAUUAUUUGAUAAAAUUAAAAUAACUGGCUUUGUUGAGUCAGGAGGAAAAAAAA